AUGUCACUUUCACAAUUCACACCAGUUGACAGUCAGAGGUAUUAUGUCAUUUCAGCAUAUGGGAAUAAAAGGGAAGAAGCAAAAACAGAAAGAGAAGCAGUAACUAAGCCAAAUCUAAUUAAAGAACGGAAGUACAAAAAGAAAAGAUGGGAUUCUCGAUUAAAGGUUGAAGCAGUGAAGAAAGCUGAGGAACUAGGAUUAACACAUGCAACAAACCAUCUUCAGAAAACAUAUCCUGGGUUGUAUUCAGAUUUAUGUCCAAGUACAUUACAGUAUUGGGUUCAACAAUCAAAUGUAAUGAAAAAGAAAAUCAUACGAGCUUAA